AUGGAGUUCCAUGUGAUGCUUCCAUCACUAUUUUGGUUUUGGUUUCUUUCGGAAAGUUUGAGCAAAGAUGGGAGGCUGUGUAUCAGUAGAUAUACACCAUGUGAUCAAGUGGUGAGUCAAACCUACAAAUGCUUAUUUGGGGAUGGAAAUUACAUCCACAUGAUGAAGGCUAAUCUCGACGCUCUGGAUACAGCAACGCGAGAACUUAGAGAAAGGCGAGUUGAUCUGUCAAGAAGAGUUUCCCUAGAAGAAGAUAAAGGCAUGGAGCGGCUUGCUAAAGUAGAAGGAUGGUUGUCAAGGGCAGAAAGUAUUGACUCUGAGGUCAGUGUUCUGCUCACGGAGAAACCAACUGAAACUAAAAGAUUGUGUCUUUUUGGAUAUUGUUCAAAAAAGUGCAUAUCAAGCUGUGAAUAUGGUAAAGACGUAUCGGAGAUGUUGGAAGAAGUCAAAGAGCACCUAUCUAAAGGAGGUUUUCAAGAUGUGGCCGAGAAAAGACCUGCAGCAAAGGUGGUGAAGCAAGAUAUCCAAACAACAAUAGGUUUGGAUUCAAUGGUUAAAAAGGCAUGGGACAGCAUCAUGAAACCUGAAGGAAGAACUUUAGGUAUUUAUGGCAUGGGGGGAGUUGGAAAAACAACCCUCUUAGCUACUAUCAACAACAAAUUCAAGGAUGAGUUUGAUGUUGUGAUAUGGGUUGUGGUCUCCAAAGAUUUGCAAUACGACGGCAUUCGGAAUCAGAUUCUAAGAAGACUACGUGUUGACAAGGAAUGGGAAAAGGAAACAGAGAAGGAGAAAGCAUCUUCCAUAAAAUGUAUCCUAGAAAGAAAGAAAUUUAUACUGCUAUUAGAUGAUCUGUGGAGCGAGGUAGAUUUGAACGAGAUUGGAGUUCCACGUCCAACUCAAGAAAAUGGAUCCAAGAUAGUUUUCACCUCUCGUUCAGAGGAAGUUUGCAGCGACAUGGAAGCUGCCGAUGAGCUGAAAAUUGAUUGCUUGUCAACGAACGAUGCGUGGGAACUGUUUGAAACUGUAGUUGGAGAAGACACAUUAAAGCGGCAUCCGGAUAUUCCCUCACUUGCAAAAAGAAUUUCUGAAAAAUGUUAUGGCUUGCCACUUGCACUCAAUGUGAUUGGCAAAGCUAUGAAAUGUAAAAAGAAUGUACACGAAUGGCGUGAUGCAAUUGAUGUUCUCAGUACGGAGAGCCACAAGUUUCCAGGUAUGGAAGAAAACAUUCUUUCGAUUUUGAAGUUCAGCUAUGAUAGUUUAGAGGAUGAAAAGGUGAAAUCAUGCUUCCUGUAUUGUUCUUUGUUCCCGGAAUAUUAUGAAAUAAAUAAGGAGGAAUUGAUAGAAUAUUGGAUCAGUGAAGGAUUUAUAAAGAGAAAGAGAUAUGAAGAUGGAUGUUACAACAAAGGUUAUGUUAUAAUUGGUUCGUUAGUUCCUGCGCAUCUAUUGAUGGAAUCCGAAACAGCGGUGAAAAUGCAUGAUGUGUUACGUGAAAUGGCUAUUUGGAUAGGGUCUACAUCUGGAAAAGAGGAAGAAAGACAGUGUGUCAAAACAGGUGCGAAGCUAAGCCGUAUACGAGAUGACAUUAACUGGUCAGAUUUGAGAAGGAUCUCGUUGAUGAGUAAUCAAAUUGAAGAGAUAUCUUGCUGCCCUGAGUGCCCCCAACCUUUCGACUCUAAUUCUCCGUGAUAACCGUUUGAAGGUUAUACAGGGUAAAUUUUUUCAGUUUAUGCGAGCCCUUGUCGUCUUGGAUCUUUCGGAUAACAUACUUCUUAGGGAAUUGCCGGAAGAAAUUUGCAGCUUGACUUCCUUGCAAUACCUCAAUUUAUCAUCCACACGUAUAAGUUCGUUAUCAGUUGUUUUGAAGGGAUUGAGGGAACUAAUAAGCAUGGACCUGGAGUUUACCGACGUUGAAAGCAUUGAUGGGAUAGGAACAAGCUUACCAAAUCUUCAGGUGUUGAAACUAUAUCGUUCUAAUCUUUAUAUUGAUGCAAGAUCAAUUGAAGAGCUACAACUUAUAGAGCACUUGAAGGUUUUAACAGGAAACGUGAAAGAUGCUUUAGUUGUGGAAAGUAUCCAAAGAGUGGAGCGAUUGGCGAGUUGUGUUCAACGCCUUUGGAUUGUCAAUAUGUCCGCAGAGGUACUUCGGUGUCGGAAGAGCCUUCGUGAGUGGAUCCGCCAGCUGAUCAUGAGUAGAGACAUGAGACACACGGAGAGUGCCAGCGCGGACAUUAUCCCGUAUGAAAUGAAAGUCUAGAGCCAAGUGCUUCAUACGCGAAU